CGGCGACGCCUCUGCCCGCUCCCUACAGCCUGGGGCCGAAAGGCCCAGAUACACCCCGGGGAUCGCGCCCACACGGCCCCUCCAUUUGUUCGGGGUAGGGUCGUGCGAGCGCCUGGCCUCCGGGUACUGCUUUUGUCUGGAACCUGUCCUUCGAGUGCAGCCAGUUCCCACGGCUGCCAGGGGUGGAUUUGUUUUACUUGGGGUGACAAGAUUUUGCAGUCACUGGCUACAAACUUUUUUUUUUUUCUUCGUCUCAGGGUGACUUAAAAUUCCAACCGGGUUGUCUUUGGUGAAGCUGUCCUUUUCGAUUCUAUUUGACUUGUAGGCUCGCCCUCCCAGGUUCCCAUCUUUUUGGAGGGCGGAAAUGGCCAAUUCGGGCCUGCAAUUGUUGGGCUUUUCAAUGGCCUUGCUGGGCUGGGUGGGCCUGGUGGCUUGCACCGCCAUCCCGCAGUGGCAGAUGAGCUCGUACGCGGGCGACAACAUCAUCACCGCCCAGGCCAUGUACAAGGGGUUGUGGAUGGACUGCGUCACGCAGAGCACCGGCUUGAUGAGCUGCAAGAUGUUCGACUCGGUGCUCGCACUGCCGGCGGCCCUACAGGCCACUCGGGCCCUCAUGGUGGUGUCCCUGGUGCUGGGUUUCCUGGCCAUGUUUGUGGCCACGAUGGGCAUGAAGUGCACGCGUUGUGGAGGAGACGACAAAGUGAAGAAGGCCCGGAUAGCCAUGACUGGAGGCAUCAUUUUCAUCGUGGCUGGUCUUGCCUCUUUGAUAGCAUGCUCCUGGUACGGUCAUCAGAUUAUCACAGACUUCUAUAACCCCUUGACCCCAAUGAAUGCUAAAUAUGAGUUUGGUUCUGCCAUCUUUAUUGGUUGGGCAGGGUCUGCUCUGGUCCUCCUAGGAGGUGCGCUGCUGUCUUGCUCCUGUCCUGGGAGUGAAAGCAAAGCUGUGUAUCGGGCACCCCAUUCCUACCCCAAGUCCAACUCUGCCAAAGAAUAUGUGUAACUUGACACCCUUAUGCCCCAGUCUGAUGGGCUGUGGGUGUGUCCAGAUGAUUCAGAAACCUAGGGCAGAGGACUCAGCCUGUGAGCAAGGUGUGAGACAAAGGCCCCCUGGCCACUCCAUCCAUUCAUACCGUGUACAGUUCUCUGGGAAGGGGGUGGGGGGAAGAGACAAAAAGGGGAGCAUGUGCUUUUUGUACAGUAAUAAAAACUACAUUUUAGAAA